UUUAAACUCAGCUGCUUUGGUCACACCCACCGCCCCUGGCCGGCACUUAUAUCAGCCCGGCAGACCUAAAAUAAGACCAAAUGACAUGCAAAUCCUCAGAGGCUGCUAUAAGGUGACAAAGCCACAGGAAGUGUGGUCAUUUACUGAAGUACAGAGUUAAAAUAUCCUCCUGUGUUCCUGUGACCUCACGGUGCCCUCCCACAGCAACAGCCUUCAUCACUGUUGUGAAGGCAGAGACUAACCCAGCCUCGGUGCACAUCGCCGGACCUCUCCCGUGACAGGUUGAACCAUCAGCUGUUAAAAAUGGGUUGCUUUGCGUUCCUCAAAGCCAUGAUGUUUGUGUUCAAUGGGAUCAUCUUUCUGGCAGGCAUCGCCAUCCUUGGUGUUGGGAUCUGGGUGAAGGUGGACAGCGGCUCCAUCCUCAGCUUCCUUGGGAAAAUUGAAAAUGCCCCACCCCAGCUGAGUCAGUUGCUCAACGUGGGCUACCUGCUGAUUGGUAUCGGUGCUGUGCUGGUCAUCAUCGGCUUUCUCGGCUGCUGUGGAGCCAUCAAGGAGAGCAAGUGCAUGCUGCUGCUGUUUUUUAUCAUAAUCUUGCUGGUGUUCAUCGCCGAGGUCGCCGGAGCGGUGGUGAUUUUGGUUUUCAGACCACUGGCUAACGACUUGAUUGCAAAGUUGAGGACGGCAGCUGUUCAGAGUAUCAAAAAGGACUAUGGGAAAAAUGAUGACCUCACGGGACUUUGGAACACUACAAUGGACACGUUAAAGUGCUGUGGAUUUGACAACUACACUGACUUUACGGACUCUCCCUAUCACACUGAGAACAGGUCCUACCCAGCUCAGUGCUGUCCUGACACGACCAAACUGUGCAAUCAAACCGCAGCUCAGAAUACUCCUGGUUGCUUUAUUAAGAUUAAACGUCUGGUUGACGAUAACACCAUUGUGAUAGUGGCAGUGGCCCUAGGGAUUGCAGCUUUGGAGAUUUGUGCCAUGACUGUCUCCAUGACCCUGUACUGCAGAAUAAAAUCCACAAGGGCCUAAUGAGAGACUGUAAAGGUCUGAGAUGCUCGUUGUAAUGAUGGAAACCUUUCCUCCUGCAGUGGCUCGUCAACAAAGACAGUUCAUGUCAAGGCUUGUGCAAUCAAAACUUCUGAAUCACAUAACACCCUUUUUUUUUACUGUAUUUAAAUAUAACAGAGUAAAAUUAUGAAUGUGAAUCCUCUAUUAGUGUACUUAAGAAGACUUAUUGACACACCAGUUAUGAUAAAUGUCAAGGAGGGCUUCUAACAUCAUCACGUGGUCAGUUAAUGAGAAAUUAGAUGUUGCAUUCACUCUGAUAAUGAAACAAACCUUAUAUUUCUGGUUCACUGCUUUCUACGUUUUUGAAAUGGUGGAGCUUGUAAAAUAGUGAC